UGAGAAACACUUAUUGACUUCCCACAUAAAAAGCAUGUUGUUUUGAAGAUUAUAUGCUUAACAGUGUUAUCUAGUGUCAAGGCCAGAGAACAAGUUAUUUGCUUAAAAUUAAUUCACUGUAAUUUCCACAUUUAUCCAAUUAGUUAUACAAUACUUAGCAUAACAGUACAGUAACAUAACAUUUCAUUAGAAUCAUUCCUUCCUUGUGCCUGAGCCGUAAGUUAAAAAUGUAUACAUGAAAAGUGAUUAAACAUUUUGCUGAAAGUAGAUGAAAGCACUUUAAUAAAACAUUUUUUUUAUAUAUGUAGACAAUGAUGUAGUGUGCAGUGUUUAUGUGGUAGCCUAGUCUAACGUAUGUUAAAUGCAAACCCCCUAGUUCCUUGUUCCCUACAUACACUCUCUUUGUUCUCUGUCUGUUCCGUCUGCUGCGAGUGGAUGUGAGAGGGGAACUUAGCAAAUGACCACACUAACUUUAACUCCCCAAACUUCCUCUUCUGUCACAAUAUACAGAUACAUACUUGACACUUUCAGUCUUCAUAACACAACACUCAGCAACCCAUGGUCCAUUUGACUAGUCUCUUAUACACCAAAUAACAGCAGAUUGACAUGGAUAAACAUUUACAAGGAGGGAAAGCAUUUGGAUUCCUCAAGUCGCAGCAGGAUGAGAAACUGAACUCCAUCAAUGAGGUUUUUCUCACAGAUCCUAAAUAUGCAGAGGAGGAGGACCUCAGCUCAAAACUGGAAAUGUUUAAAAACAAAUACAUGGAAUUUGAUCUCAAUGACCAAGGAGACAUCGACAUGAUGGGGCUGAAGCGCAUGUUAGAGAAGCUGGGGGUGGCCAAGACUCACCUGGAGCUGAAAAAGAUGAUGUCAGAUGUGGUUGGCGGUGCUGCACGAGACACGUUCUGUUACACAGACUUUCUCAAUAUGAUGCUAGGAAAGAGGAAUUCCAUACUCCGACUGAUCUUGAUGUUUGAGGAGAAGGGGAAAGACCAGGAGGCCAAAGAGAGUGGACCACCGCAACGCAAGACUUUUUCAGAACUGCCCUGAAUGCAAUUGCAUUAUGGGAUCCAAUCUGUUCAUAUAAAAACUGAAUGUCAUAUGAAGUGGUUUAUACAAGUUUCAUUGUAAAGAAUAAAGAAAGGUUUGAUUGA